AUGGCGUCAAGAAGAAAGAGCAGCUUUGCAGUGUGCAUGCUUAUAUACAGCGCAGCACGGGCGUUUGGAAAGGAAGAAAAGGAGUCAGCGAGAAGCAAUAUAGAGGAAGUCAGCAUUGACAAAAGCAUGCUAGGCAUUCUGUCUAGCAAUGAUGCAAAGCCAAUCUCGCGCAAAACUGUUGUGGAUUUGCACACGGCAGUCGACGGGGACAGAGAAUACAAAGAAACCAAGCAGUCGUAUGUGAGCAUAGGAAACAAGGGCAGCUUCAAGGAAGACAGCAUGUCCGAGCAGAAUCCUAAAACGAGCUAG